UAAAGAUGGGAGGUAACUCUUUAAAAGCAUUUCGUCAUUCUGGUGAUGUUGAUGUGACGCAGCUAGGUGUGACAGCAAGGUCUAUUUUCAGUUCAAUUAUGCCAAGAAUCCUGCUUCACAGAAAUACAUACUUGUGAAGGGAACCGAAACAUUCAUUAUUCUGAUCCUCAAGGUGUGAAAACCAACUAUUUUUAACUGAUGAAUAUAUUUAUCACAAAUCAAAAUGAUUGAGCUUUGUACGAAGAAACGGAUGGCCAUUGCUAUCAUCAUACUAAUUAGUGCAUCAGUUGUCACUGUAGUAGUUGAAAGUAAAUGGUCAUCUCAUCAUGUGAUUAGCAAAGAAGCAGAAUUAAGUGCUGUUGCCCAAUCAGAUAAUACUUCCACGUGUGUGAAUGGUUAUGGAACUGUCAUCAACUCCUGUGUAGAAUGCACUGCAUUUGAGUUGAAAUUGGAAAGGCGAUACUGUCAAGAAACAGGUUUAAAAACAUUAAUACGUUGUCCAGAUGGCCGACAUCUAUACAAGAAUUGCCCAGCAGACACAUGGAAAGAAGAGAAAAAAUUUCUGCUCUUUGAAUGUCUUACAACCAUAACAGGACUUCUCUCUUAUGCUGUAGUCCGAUACAGACAGCGUCGAUUAGAUCAUCUUCUGAUGGAAAAAAUUAACAGACAGAUAGCAGCUGGUCUUUAAUCAGGAUGAGGACAUUAUUAUUAUUAUUGUUGUUGUUAUUUUCAUCAUUAUCAUUAUUAUUAUUGAACGUGGCUGAGCUGGCAGAAUCAUUACUGUGCUGGAUAAAAUGCCUAGCAGCAUUUCUUCCAGCUUUUUACAGUCUGAGUUCAAAUUCCGCUGAGGUCGACUUUGCCUUUCAUCCUUUCAAUGUUGAUAAAUUAAGUACCAUAAUCGACUUGUUCCCUCCCACAAAAUUUCAGGCUUUCUGCCUUUAGUAGAAAGAAUUGUUGUUGUUAUUAUUAUUAUAAUUAUUAUUAUUAUUAUUAAGGCAGCGAGCUGCCAGAAUCAUUAGCACACCGGGUGAAAUGCUUCGCGGUAUUUCGUCUGUCGCUACAUUCAAGAGUUCAAAUUCCAAGGUUGACAAAUUAAGUACCAGUCAAGUACUGGAGUCGAUGUGAUAGACUUAUCCCCUCCCCACAAAUUAUUUUUAUUAUAACUGAAUAUAAAAAACAAACAUUAGUAUACACAUACACACACCUUUGUUGGUAACAAAGGGCCUCUUCCCUCAGAGUGAAAGGCAAAUUGUAUGAUGCCUGCAUGUUAACAGCCAUGCUGCAUGGCAGUGGAGUAUGGGCUGUGACUACAGAGAACAUGUGAAAGCUUAAAUUAAAUGAAGCUAGCAUGCUCUGUUGGAUGUACAAUGUCAGAGUGCGCGUACAACAGAAUAUAAGUAUCUUAGAGAAUAAUUGGAUAUAAUAGACAUCAGAUGUAGUGUGCAAGAGAGAAGACUGCACUGGUAUGACCGAAACUGCUAGUGUGUAGUUGUGCUUGUGAAGACAUGCCAAGUGGGUGUGGCACAUAAAAGACACUCAAUAGAGGGGUUAGUUUUAGGAAGGGCAUCCAGCUGUAGAAACCAAGACAAAACGGAUUGGAACCUGGUGCAGCUCUCUGGCUUACCAUCUCCAGUCAAACCAUCUUAACCCAUAGAAAAUGGACAUAAAAUGAUGAUGAUGAUGAUAUAUAGGUUUGGUGAUGCAAACUGGAAAAUAGAACUCAAAACAUAAGUGUGUAUAUUUUUUUAUUAUUAAUUAAUCAGCAGAAGUUAGAGAGUGACUUCUUCAGAUCCAAGAGUUGUAACAUCUGCCAAAAUAUAUAUAUAUAUAUAUUCAUACACACACACACAUACACACAGAUUUAAAGAUAAAUGUCUGUAAAUACCUAAAAACAAUAAACAUUUUCUGAAUAAAAGAUUCAGUACAGUAGUUUUGAAGUUUUGCUGAUGGCAGUUUAUUUGCUUAAAUUAGCCACUGAUGUGAAACCUUGAAGCCACUGUCAAGGAUUUAUAAUAUAUGUACAAA